AAAACACAUCAAGUCCUCGCUGCAAUUUUUUCUCAUCCAGCAAGUAUAUUACAAAUUUACAAUGACAUGUAAAAAUGUAUCUACAAAAUGAAUUUAUACUAGUUACAAUUUGCGUGCUCGCAUGUGAAAUAUGAAAUAUGCAAGGCGUGCAUGUGAGGAAGCAGCAGGUGUGUCAUAGGCAUGUAAGGAGCACAGCAAGCGCCAUGGGUAGUAGGAAAAAGUACACUGAGGACCAGGUCCACACAACAGAAUGCGUAUAUGGGUGUGCGGAGUGCAGUCAGUGUCGUGAAUUGUGAUUAAACCUAAGGGAAAUAAUGCAGACUCCAACUUGUAGAGUGUGAUACUAGCAAGUAGUUGUCAACUUGUAGCGGUCUGGGAAGGGGUGCAGUGGUAGGAGGUAGCGAGAGGCUGUGAUGGACUGUGAGGAGUUGCCAAUGUCCGUUUGGAGCGGGCGGGCGCUGGGGCCCUGUCGUGGGCGGCUGCUGGGGGUCACUGCGGGUCGUGAUGUGCGGACAGCAGCCAGCUGGAAGCAGCUACCAAAGGGAACAAACCAGAGAAGACAGGAAUUCGAAGGUAGGGAGAGAAGCCAGGAAGCGCUGGCAGGUAGUGUUGUUGGCAAAACUACCGAGUUUUGCCAACCGGUUCGGCAAAACUGGUUGUGCCCGGUCCUCGGCAGAACUCACGCGAAAGGGGGGUGGCAAAACUUGGUACAACUCCAGGAUAUCCAAGACUCGUGGAGAUAUGACCUUCUCACUGGUCUAGAGAGUAUCUCACCUGACGACAUUGCCGCUGAAUUUGCAGCUCUCGAAGAGUUGAAAAGGACUGAAGAAGUUCAGAGCAUUAACGAAGUUGAAGUUCUCGUGGGAAAUGCUUUCGAUUUUGACGAGUUGGAUCCUGUUGGAUCGGGUUGAACAACCACAGACUGUUCUAGAUGAGAUUGAGGUGGUUAAUUACAAUGGCGAGGGUGACAGCUGGGAUGAGGCAACAUUAAUAUUGAUGCCACCAUUAGGAAUGUCAUACAUAUAGUCUACAUAACCUAGCUAAGCGCGCCAAGUUUUGCCACCCUGGCAAAACAACCGGUUUUGCCAGUUUUGCCGGUUAUAACCGGCAAAACUAAAGCCAAGUAG